AUGGAGCCUUUGUCGCCAUCUGCAUCCCCAGAACCUCAAAGCCGUCCCUCAGGAUCAAAGCGAAAGCGCGAAGACGGAGAUGAAGACGAAGCACCUGCGCCACAGACCAAGGCCGCAAAGCGCAAGAAGGCAAAGAAUGCAAAGAAGGCCAAGCAACCCAAGGAUAUCGAGGAGGACGCUCUGGAUCUCGAAGCCGGAGUCAAUCAUGCCAUUGCCCACAUGGAUAGCCAGUUGCUCGCAGAUCACGUCGCCCAGCGUACCAAGCGCUUCCACAGCGAGUUGAGUGAUAUGGAGUUGGAAGAUAUGCACAUACCAUCACACGCCAUUGUGGAUACCACGUCCUGGGACAAGCCGCGCAACUUGGAGAAUCUGCCAGCCUUCAUCGAACAAUUCAAGGACGAAAGACGGAGCGACAAACCAGGAAAGACCUUGUCAGAUGCUGUCAAGCAAAAGUCAACACCACACACAAUCGUUAUUGCUGCAUCUGGCAUCCGAGCUGCCGAUUUGACGAGAGCUUUGCGCAAGUUCCAGACUAAGGACUCGUUCAUCGCAAAAUUGUUCGCCAAGCACAUCAAGCUGGCAGAGGCUAUCACUAUGGUCAAGGAGAACAAGCUCGGUAUGGGUGUGGGUACACCUCAGAGACUAAUCGAUCUAUUCGACGAUGGCGCUCUCUCGGCAGGCAGACUCGAGAGAAUCAUCAUCGACGCAUCGCACAUCGAUUCGAAGAAGCGCGGAAUUCUUGACAUGAAGGAAGUACAAAGUCCCUUGAUUAAGCUCUUGACAAGACCAAGCUUCAAGGAAAAGUACAAUGAGGACAAGAUGAAGAAGAUCGAGUUGAUCUUCUAUUAA